UUACUGUGAAACUUUAGGCAAAAGAUUCGAGUGUGUGAGUUUAUGGGCCUUAUUUUAACUGAAUUAGAAUUAAUAUUACCGGGGUAAGGUGGCCCAAAUUGGGCAAGUACUCGGGAAAUAAAAGACUAGUGACACCUGUUGCAGCAGCAAGGAAGUUAUUAGGGAAACAUGAGAAAUGUUUUCUAUCCUUAUUUGCACUUCAGCAAUUGCAGUACAAACAACUGUUAAUUGCUUUUUAAAACAGGGAAAUACAAAGAAGGGGUCAAAGGCUUUAUAAAGCGGUCGUGUCUAGAUCUCCCAUUCAUUUAUCGCAGAAGAACAAUAUCACAUCAUGUCAACCAUUCCCUUGAUCAAGAUCAUUCUGCUGCUCGCCUUCAUGGUCGGAUGCUGUUUGACCGGCUUGGUAAAAGAAGACCAGAAUUUUCCCUUAAAGCGAGUGAAGAGAAAUUUGUUGCAGUUCGGAGACAUGAUAAAGUGUGCGACAGGCCGCAGUGGUUUGGCCUACAACGGAUAUGGCUGUUGGUGUGGACGUGGUGGGAGCGGAACGCCAGUGGACGAUACAGACAGAUGCUGCAAGACUCAUGACGAGUGCUAUGAUCGAGCCAUGGAAGAGGACUGUAGGCCGUAUUCGGAUUGGUAUGACCGAUCUGGAUGCACUGGUUGUGGUUCAAAUAACGACCGCUGUGAGAAGCUCAUUUGUGAGUGCGACGGAGCUGCUGCUCGCAGUAUUCAAAUCCUCGUUCAUCUCUGUUUGUGUUGUAACCCCACCACUAUGAAGUGUAUCUCUGGUCCCAGCACUGUUCACAUUGAAAUGGGGUUUGAUGGUGCUGGUACUCCGCGACGAAAAAUACCAAUACAAGAAAGACUGUAA